GUGUGUGGAGGUGGUGCGGGCGGGUGGGUAUGUGGGUGGGCGAUCCUGGGAGGAAGUUUAAUGUGGGUCGUGACUAAGAGCAAACUGCACGAGAGUCGGUGACGAGCAUUGCAAGUCCCUGCCUGCCCUCUGCUGCCUGCUCAGCACAAGGACACAAGUCACACUGCUGAUCAGAAUGAAACGAAGAGACUUUCUCAGUCCUGUUUUUUUGGCAAAAAAUUGUGUUUGUGUGUUUUGUUGGCAGUUUUAACGAGAGGCGUUUGAGGGUGGAGGCAGAGCGUGUGGUGACCUCGCCACGCCACACAUCCUCAGCCGGCACCACAGACAAUCAGACAGCAUUCAGGCCCACGAUUUCUCACAUGAUAAGAUGAGUGAAAACUGGCCUAAAGAAACUGGAGUGCAAUCUGACCACAGGCAAACCAGCGUGAAGGUGAAGGUCGAGAAUGUUCUGCCUGAAGAGGAAGCAAAAUAUGGGCAGUGCAUCGUACCAAGCCAGACACAGACGUACAGCACAGAGAUGCAGGUAGAGUUGGGAAAGGUCAAAGGCGAAGAAGAGCCGCUGAGCCACUCUCCCGACUCCCAGUGCGAUUACUGGUUCUGUGAAGCUUGUCAGGAGUACUUCCAGGAGAAAUGCUCCAUUCACGGUUGCCCGGUGUUUGUGGCUGACACGCCGGUGCCGGUGGGGACGCUGGACCGGGCGGCCCUGAGCGUGCCUGCGGGCGUGGCCGUGGUGAAGGAGCCGGGCGGGGAGAUCGACGUCCGCUGCCUGGAUGUGGCGAUUCCGCGCGGGAGAAUAUUCGGGCCGUACGAAGGAGAAGUGUGCCAGACCGAUCAGUCAUCCGGCUUCUUCUCCUGGCUGAUACUCGGGAAGAACAACACCUACAAAUCCAUCGAUGGCACGGAUGAGACAAAAGCCAAUUGGAUGAGGUAUGUGAUCAUAUCGCGGGAGGAGAACGAGCAGAACCUGAUGGCUUUCCAGCACGGGGAGCAGAUUUACUUCCGCGUGUGUCGGGACGUGGACCCCGGGGAGAGGCUGAGGGUCUGGUACAGCGAGGAUUACAUGAAGAGACUUCACGCCAGCACACAGGACACUGUGGACAGAAGCCUUCACACUGCGGAACCAGAGUGCCCCAAGCCUAGCCUAGGACGUCAGCCUCCUGGCAGCGUUGGGACAGGACGGACUCCGGGGAUUCUCAGUCAGGAAGAUGGCGAGAGGCCUGAUAGGUUCGCUCCCAACAAGACCAGGAAACGAGCCAGCAGAGAUGGCGAAUUUAGCCCCAGUCCCAAGAAGACGAAGGUUGACCUGCUGUGUAAGAGCCUCGACUUGUUGAGAGACAGCGCCAGAGAGAAAGCCCAGGUCCCUUACCACCACCUGCAUCCCCUCAAACAGCCGGGCAGCCUUCACCAACCUACCUCAUCUCCAGCUCCGCAAAAGCCUCAGUCUGCAAGCCGCACUGGACAGGAACAGGAUGUCAAUAGACUGACCACUGCCAUCCAGGCCAAGUAUCCCUCCGCGGUGGACGGGCCUCACGCCCCCCGGCAGAGGCUGAAACACGAGGGGGGCUCAUUCACCAGACCAGGGACCUCCUCAUACGCCAACCUCCCCGCACCGCCCAGCAGCAAGACUGAGCCCGAUUUGAGGUGCCUCCAGAAGGGCAACGGGAAACACUUGAGCUUGUAUUUUCCCAAGGGAUUGGACACUGGGUUCCCUCAGGCCACCGAGGAGGAGGAGGAGUUGGAACCUCUGUCCCCGGAGAGGGCGUGCGUGAGGGUGGGCAGUGCCCUCGCUGAGGGGGAGGUGGCACAUGGCCAGACCGCCUCCUACUGCGCCAACUGCCUGGUCCUGCAGGAGAAGGUCCGGCAGCUUCAGGAGGAGCUGGACCGGCUCAAGGCCAACCUGCCAGCACCAGACCCCCAGACGCCUGUCCCCACCGUCAUGGACGACACGAGUGAGCAGGAGAUGGAUUCUGCCGACGAGUCCCUGACCAACGAGUUGCUGGCUAGCACGGACGAGACGCUGAAGGCGGCAGGGGCCGGGGGGGCCGGGGGGCGCAGGAUCCGCCGCUUCAAGCACGAGUGGCUGAAGAAGUUCUGGUUCCUGCGGUACUCGCCCACUCUGAACGAGAUGUGGUGUCACGUGUGCCGGCAGUACACUGUCCAGUCCUCCAGGACCUCGGCCUUCAUCCUGGGCUCCAAGCAGUUCAAAAUCCACACCAUCAAACUCCACGCCCAGAGCAACCUCCACAAGAAGUGCCUGCAGCUGUACAAGCUGAGGAUGCACCCAGAGAAGACCGAGGAGAUGUGCAGGAACAUGACUUUGCUGUUCCACGUGGCCUACCACCUGGCCUCCGAGGGGAGACCCUUGGCCGAUUUCCGGCCGCUGGCGGAGCUGCUGAAAAAGUGCGACCUGAAGAUCGUGGACCAGUACCUGAACGAGGGAGACUGUCAGACUCUGGUGCAUCACAUUGGCCGCUCCCUGCGGGAGGACCUGUUCGAGCGUCUCCGGCUCUCGCCGUUCCUGAGCGUGAUAAUGGACGGGCGGACGGACGAGCUGCUGGCCGACAAUGUGGCCGUGUACGUGCAGUACGUGACCGGCGAGGGCCCCGCCCACACAGAGUUCCUGUCGCUGCAGGAGCUCAGCUCCGUCACCGUGGACGGUUACGUCCAGGCUCUGGACAGGGCGUUCGGGGGCAUCGGCAUCAAGUGGAAAGAGGAGAAGGUGAUGGUGGGACUGGGGGUGAACGGGGCCAACGUGACCACGGGCCUGCGGGCGGGGUUGGCCGUCAAGAUCAGGAAGACCCUCCCCUGGCUGCUGUGUGUGCCCUGCGUCCUGCACAGGCCACACCUCGAGGUGUUGGACGCCAUCAGCAACAAGGAGCUGAGCUGCCUGGAGGAUCUGGAGAACAACCUGAAGCAGCUGCUGAGCUUCUACCGCUACUCGCCCAAACUGAUGUGCGAGCUGCGGGUGACGGCAGCCACUCUGUGUGAGGAGACCGAGUUCCUGGGAGACAUCCGCGCCGUGCGCUGGGUCAUCGGGGAGCAGAACGUCCUCAACGCCCUGAUCAAGGACUAUCUGGAGGUGGUGGCCCACCUGAAGGAGGUGAGCGGGCAACCCCAGAAGGCGGAGGCGGCCGCCGUGGCCUUGGCCUUGCUCCACUUCCUGAUGGACUACCAAUCGGUCAAGCUCAUCUACUUCCUGCUGGAUGUGAUCGCGGUGCUGGCCCGCCUGGCCUUCGCCUUCCAAGGGGAGGCACUCCUCGUGGCCCACGCCGACGACAAGGUGGAGGAGGCCAUCGAGGAGAUCAGCCGGCUGGCCGAGGCCCCCGGCGAGUACCUGCAGGAGUUCGAGGAGACCUUCCAGGAGAACUUCCAUGGCGUGCCGCUGAAGAACCUGAGGGUGGCCGAGGCCAAGUUCAAUUCCAUCCGAGAGAAGAUCUGCCAGAGAACCCAGCUGAUCCUGGCCCAGAGGCUGGACUCCAACAGUCGCUCCGUCAUCCGGGCCAGUCAGGUCUUUGACGUGGCCAGUUGGCCACAGAACGAGGAGAGGCUGAGGAGCCAUUGCGAGGAGGAGAUCCUGCACAUCUACAAGCACUUUGAGAUCAUGCCAUCGCUGGCCAUUGAGCUGGGGGGCCGGGGGGCCGAGGGCAGGGACGGGGCGCGGGGGAGCCUGCUGCAGGAGUGGAAGGAAGUCAAGGCAGAGUGUUACAACAAGAACGGCUUCAAGGAGCUGAGCCGUCACGUGUUCAAGUAUAAGCAGAGGUUUCCCGUCCUCAGUAGGCUGGUCCAGCUGCUGCUGGUGUUGCCCACCUCCACCGCCGCGUGCGAGAGGGGCCGCAGUGCCUUCUGCCGCAUCCGCAGCAACAACCGGUCCCGGCUCAGCCUGGAGCAACUCAACGACCUGCUGAGCAUUGCCGUGAACGGACCAUCCAUCGCCAACUUUGAGGCCAAGAGAGCCCUGGACUGCUGGUUCGAGGAGAAGUCCGGCAACCGCUUCUCCUUGUCUCCCGAGAUGAUCAGCAGGGUCACCGCCUUCGACCAGAAGCCCAUGUUACACGGUUUGGAAAUGGGGGCGAACUGUCUGGCAGAGAUUCAAGAAACUCUAAUGUAGCCCCCUCCCCCCCACCACCCC